AUGUUUCUUGGAAUUUUGCGUGUUAAUCGCUUUAUUUGCCGUGAAGAUACAAGCUCUUCAGAUACUCUGGUCGAAGACAUCACCGGCUCCCCUCCCGUCGCUGUGGUCGGUCUUCCUUCUCCUCGCCGCCGUUGCCACUGCUUCUUCCACCCUCGCUGGAGUCAGACCUUCUUUUUCCUUGCGAACAUCCUUUUCUUCCUUCCCGUCGCUGGCAUCCUGAACUUGUUUGAAGCUAAUAAACCAGGAAGCCUUAUCAACAACUACGUGACUCAGUUAAGUUGUAUGUUGUCAAGCAAAGCAACAAAUCUUGUGAGCCUCCAAGCCCGCCUCAGCAGGUUCCAUCAUCACCUCAAGGAGAUUCUCAGCCAUAAGAGGGCUGCCAUACAUGAAGCCAUGGAACAACAAACAAUAUCCAUAACCAAAGCAGGAAUAACAACAAUUCUGAAUUCCAGGACUUCUGUAUUAGCUGCAACAAACCCUCCAUCAGGUCGUUAUGAUGAUCUCAAAACUGCACAAGAUAACAUUGACUUACAUACUACAAUUCUUUCAAGAUUUGACCUCAUCUUCAUUCUCGAAGAUAUAAACAUGUUCAGCCAAGACAAGAUUCUUCUUGUUGUUAGAGCUGAAGCUACUGCUCAAGACACGCAACAUGGAGGUACAACUCUACAUAUUGCUGCUAUGACUAAUGAUUUCGAGUUAGUUAAAAUUAUUCCUUAUGCUGGAGUUGAUGUGAACAUAAGGAAUGUGCAAAAAACCAUUCCUUUGCAUGUGGCAGUGGCAAGAGGAUCAAAAUCAUGUGUUGGAAUGCUUCUUUCUGCAGGUGGUUUGGUAUAUAGAGUUUCAGAUACGGAACUUGUGAGUGUGCUUCCGAGUGCAGAAGAUGAGGUCAAUGUAGCUUGCUUUCAUCCUCUUACUGAAAGUGGUCUUGUUUAUGCAACCAACGAAGGCAAACUUAGAAUCCUUCAGCAUGAUGGUGGUCAUGCGCCCAGACCUGAUCACUUUUUUGAAGCAAGAGCAGUUGAGGGUGAUUCAGACAUUCGAAUGGUAGUGGAUGCAUGUUGUCCCCAUGAUAUAAGAGAAGAGACAGAUCCAGAAUAUUUCUACAGGCAUAUUCCUCUGAAUUGGAUCAAUGGUGAUGCACACUGUUCUUUUCCUUCUUUUUCUACUGCAUAUGAAGACAUCAAGGAAGGACAUUCAAGCUCAACAACUUUUAUUGAAUGCUAA